CUUUUACAUCUCAAUUUUUAAUCUGCUGUUACAUAUGGGUUAUUAAACAUAACCAAAUACAACCUUAGUUUGCUACUCAAAUGCAACCAUUCUGCAACCAAGAUGCACACAAUUUGAAUUGUUGAAGUGUGGAGGCACAGUCAAAUUUGUACCUAAUGUUUUUCAUAAAAUAAUCAAACUCAAAGCUAGACAUAACAUAUAGCACUUGAUUUAUUAUAAUUGAAUAAUUAAACUACAAUUUCAACCCUCAACAUGACCCAGCACUGCCUGAUACUGUUAUCUUCAGCCAAGGAAGGUGUCUCAGCACAGUCUUUCAUCCAGUGCUGCACCCUGGUCCACUCCAGUUUCCAGGUUCAGCUGGCUACUCCUGGGGGUAAAUAUCCAGAGUACCUGCACUCUGGCGAUUCAACCACAAAAUGGAUGGAGGACUUCAAAACCAAGGCAUUGGCAGUCCCCAUGAAUGUCUCCAUUGUGGAUGCGAGCCGCUACUCGUGUCUGGUGAUCCCGCACUGUCCCGGCGCGCCGUACGACCUGGCCGCCAGCAACGAGGUGGCCCUGAUCCUGGCGCAGUUCAUGCAGCACUCCAAGCCGAUCUGCGCGGUAGGUCACGGCGUGGCCGCCCUCCUGGCCACGGCCAGCCACCCUCAGCAGACCAGCUGGCCCUUCAAAGACGUCUGCCUCACCGCGCCGACGCUGUUCGACCAGAGCCUGGACCGUGACUUCUCGCAGUGCCCGGUGCUGCUCGAGGACGGCCUCAGGGACGGCGGCGCGCGCUACACGGGCGCAGCGCCCGGCGCACCGCACGUGGUCAUCGACCGACACCUGGUGACCGGCCAGAACGAGCUCUCCACGCUGACCGCCGUACAGAACCUGGUGCUCAUCUGCAACCAGCUCAAAAAAACGGGCUGAGUCCAGCCCUGGCGUCUCUCUGGGAUCCUGAAUCUACAUCUCGCCCUGUGCCGGUGAUAAGACAUAAAGCACAGCGAGGACCGGACCUGUAAGCUACUGGGCCGCCGGCGAUCGCCGGGAGAUCACACCGCUGUGGGACACGGGCCUCGCCUCUGCGACCAGCAGCCUCGGUAACGAUGCGAGGUCGAGCUAACCUGCUGUCAAUGCAUCGCUGCAUACGUCACCGGCUGGGGACGGCACACACCCAGUCCACACACACGGCGCGCACAUUCCAACGCCCGCUCGGCGUCGCUUCCAAAGCCGCGCGUCGGGGCGCAGUGUAGUCACCCACGCCGGUAACGAGUCGCGGGUGGCGUAUUUUGCUAUUGUUUUAUCGGUGUACGCAUAUUGGCCCAGUGUGCCGCGCCGCCUGCUAUACGAGAGAGCUGGAGUUUUACCAACGACUGUGUAUUGUACCAAAAGAACGAGAAUAGUAUACAGAGUUAUGCAAUC